AAUUCGUCUUCCUAGUUCCAGGCCUUAUAAGCGCGCGAAUGCAAGGCGAAGUGCAAGUGAGCUCUAUGGUCAGGGGCCGUUGUAUAAAAACGUAGUUAGCGCUAACUGCGGUUAAAAAGUAGUUAAAAGUAGAUAAAAUUAGUUAACUUUAAUCAAGUGGUUAAGCCGGUUGUAUAAAAGUGUAGUAAACUAUCCAGUCUAUCCUCAAGGGCAUCGUUACUUUCCAAAUCGUAGCUAUAUUUAAAAAUGGCGUCUUGAGCUUUUGAGAAGUGAGAAAACAUUAAAAUCAACACAUACCAAGGUUCUGGUUGUCAACCGUUAUCCACUCAGAAAAGGCCCCGUCGAAGCUUGUAAACUUUCAAUAUGCUUUUAUUUUUUUUCAUUUGGGCAGCAACGGAGUAUAUUUUUUGCUUCGAGAGACGUGUCAAUGCCAAGUUACGAUCCUAGCAAAGAUUAGCCAUCUUCUAUUUCAACUGCCACCAGUAUUUUGACUCAAAGGGACAUUUUUGUAUUAAGAGCGGCUUUUUUCGUUGAAUUAUUUUGAACUUUUUCCUUGUUUUAUUGCAUUUUCUCUCUUGCAUUUCCUCCAAUAUUUUAGAUCCAAAUUCGGUCAAUGUAUUUGUCUUGUUCAACAGCGGUGAAUAUUUUUUUACACUUCAUGUUAUUUCUCUGUUUAUUAACCCACGCAAGCUCCCCCAAGCUCCCCCAAGUUAUUAAUACGUUAAUUAACAAUUAUUGGAUGAGAUUGAGUGUGAUAUCGAGAAUUAUCAACCCGAAGUUUGCAUUAUAACGCAAACUGAGGCUUGAUAAUUCUCGAUAUCAUGCGAAAACCUAAUUAAAUAAUUGUUUUAUUUGGUAUUUCCUUUUUGGAGAGGAAACCUGCGUCCAGAGGCCUAAUAAUUAAUGCAUAUAAUCGAAAAGGAUCUCCUACCACUGAGCUAUAUUAAAUUUCUCCUACCCGCAAAAUAUCACCGCCCGCCAUAUUUGCCCGAAAAGGGCCUGCGAAGGAGAUAGGAAAAAGAUGCAAGAUGCAAAUAAUCAAAAUUCUAAACAAAGCUACGCACCUUGGAAGAAAACAGACAGAAAACAGGUGAAAGACUAGGUGAACUGGUGAAAAACAGGCUGAACGAUUGACAUUAUUUCAUUAUGAGUUACUUCGGGCCAGCAGGUUACGAAGAUGACUGGGAUGAUGAUCAAUUUGACUUCGGUGAUCAUUACGAUCCGGAAUAUUCUGCACAUAAUUCCUAUCCCGCAACCAAAUUUAGCGAGAGUACAACAAAUGUGAAAUCACAACAGAAGAAUGAUGCCGCACAAAACCCAUCGCUUAAAACCUCGCGAUUCAACGGCGGUUUUGGAUCACCAUCAGAUUUGAAAUCAACAGUUAAUAUGGGAACUGCAGGUCGAGGGCGGGGAAAAGGAGGUUUUUCCGAAACCAAAUCACAAAACAAUGGUAAAACAAACAGUUCUGAGGUUAAAAAAAGUAAAGGACAGGGAAACUUUCUAUUUUUGCGGGCAAAGGACAAAGCGAAAAAGAAUUCUGAUGAAAAGAACUCUCAAAUUGCUGAAGAUUUCCGAGCUGCCAUUGUCAAUGGGGAUCUUGGUGUGAUUCACAAUAUUUUGGAUAAAGGAAUUUCAGUAGAUUGUAUUUUAAAAUCUGGUUGGACUGGACUGAUGCAUGCAGCAAGCUGUGGCCUGCCUGAAAUGGUCACAGUUCUGACUGAACGUGGUGCGAAUGUAAACUUUCAAAAAGAUAUGUUUUCAGUAGUGAUGGCUGCAUGCUCUUCAGACAGUGAUGCAGAAGACGGAGUAGCAGAAUGUUUAAGCAUUUUGAUAGAAAAGGGAGCUAAGAUAAAUUCUCAUGACAGGUAUCAUAUGACACCACUGAUGUAUGCUUGUCGAAAUGGUCGGCAGAAAAUCGUGGAAAUUUUAUUGCGUCAUAAACCCGACGUGAAUAAGCAAGAUCAGAGAGGCUGGACGGCUCUUGGAUGGGCGGCUAGUCGUGGCAAAGGUAGGAUAGUUCGAAUGUUAUUGGACGAAAAUGCAAAUCCUCGAUUAUACACGAACGAUGGACAGUCCGCUGAAGACUUGGCGUAUGAUGGAGGCUUUACGGUCGUCGCAGAUGUUCUCAAUAGCAUUGUAAAUCCAGGAAGACGUAUAGAGCAAGCAUCGCAAAACAAUACAGGAUCUGAGAUAAGACACGGCGAGAAAAGUGACUGCGUACGAUAUGGGGAUUUAGAGCUUUUUUUAUUUGGACUGGAACUAGGCCACCUUGUUCCCCUAUUCCAGGAUCACAAAAUAACUUUUGAUGGCUUUCUGCAAUUAACAGAUGCGGAACUUCAGCAGAUUGGCAUUAGUCAAAUCGGUAUUCGUAAGAAGAUUUUAACAGCUACGCACGAUGUACAUACGAAAGAGUGGGAUUUAUCUAGUCUUCCAUCUGAGGCGACCAAUCAGAUAACGAGCGACGAUUUAAAGCUUGUUCUAGCUAAUGUAGAAAAACAUCUUCAAUAUAUCAAAUGCAGUAUUGGAUACGUUACCAAAUCUUUGGUUGGAGCAGCUGGUCCAACCACCAUCAUACAGGAUACCGAGCAUUGCCGGCAGUUUUUGGCCAGAACUGAGGAUGUAUUAACCGAAGUGAAUGGAAUAUCUGGCGAAAUAUUACGAUUACAGUGUUCUGUUGAAGAGAUAUCUUCAGGCGUGCCAAAUGUCGCAGCUGAUCUUAUAUCUAAAAACUUAGACAAGGACAGAAAACAAAACAAGUUGACAAACAUUCAUAUUUUGAUUGUUGCCGGUUGUUUAGGACUUGGCUUGACUGCUGCAUUGAUACUCAAUGGUACCUCGAGAACCUAAAACCCUUUUUAUUUAAGUAGCAUGCAUGAUGCACUUUAGUUUAGCUGCACAAAGUUAUGUUGUAAAAAGUGCUAUAAAAAUAUUUGUUGUUUAAUUUGUACAUGGAAAAAACGAAUUGGGUUAAAAUAUUGCAUAAACAUCCCCCUUACGAAGCGUCAUUUUCUAUAUUCUUCGUUUUAAACUAUGGAUUGGCAAAAUAUGUCGGUCAGCCUAAACUGCCUUACCACUAUUCCAAAACCAACAGCAGUUCGUGAAUUAUUGAUAUAUAUAUUCCCUCCCUUCCCACAUAUUUACCCCAUUAUUUCGUAUAUCUCUUUCUCGCAGAUUUUAUCUGUAAUUACCAAUUUAUUUCUCGACAAGUUUCUAAGGCUACCGAGCCACCGGGCGGUUCGAAUCUCGUUUAAAUCAAAAUUUUCAUUGUAAAUAAUGCAUAGUAAGAUAAGGUUGAAUAAAUAGCCGUAGGCUUCCAACCAUCACCAGUUAUACUUGUAGUAAAAACACGGACGAUUACGUUCAAGUUGAAGGGAUCAAGAAGAGGAAGGUACUGUUCCUCAUCAUGAUUGGGUAAUAGUUAUAUUCGGUUGAUCAUCCAAAUUAAUGUUUAUG